GCCAGGACUUGACUCUUGUGGUUCACUUGACACAUCCAGACUGUUGCAACUGAGGUCAUCCAUCUGCAGCCUCAGUGUUUCUCAAGAGCACGCUACAGUAGCAGACUCUCCGACAGUAGAUCUACACCUCUGAUUGAUUAAUCAUGCCUGCCGAUUACUCUGGGACCUGGGACUUUGUUAGCAACGAAAACUUUGAACCUUACAUGCUUGCCUUGGAUAUCGACUUUGCCACACGGAAGAUAGCAAGUCGACUGAAGCCCCAGAAAGUUAUUGAACAAGAUGGCAACUCUUUCACAUUCAAAACGCUCACGAGCUUCAAAAAUCUUACGGUCUCAUUCAAGAUCGGCGAAGAGUUUGAGGAGGUGACUAAAGGCAUGGACAACAGGAAAUGCCAGACGGUUGUCAACUGGGACAAUGACAAACUGGUUUGUGUCCAGAAGGGCGAGAAGAAGAACAGAGGAUGGACCCACUGGAUAGAAGGAGAUCUGCUGCAUCUGGAACUUCAUUGUGAAGGCCAGGUUUGCAAACAGGUCUUCAAAAAGAGUGCCUAAAGUUGUCAGCUGUAAUGUAUCAGUGGAUGUGUGUGUAUGCGUUUUAUUUUUCUUCUUACAAUUAGGCUUUAUGCAAUGAAAUGAAUAAAUCACAAUGUACAUCCAACAAAAUGCAUGUUAGA